GGGCCAAGAGGCUUCAGUUCCGAGUCAGCGGAAGGGGUCAUGAGUCAUGAUGCAUAUGGUAGCUGCGGCUUUGCUGACUGUGCACUCACCCUCUCAGCUCUGCGCUUUGGGCUCUGCACGAAAAAGGAGGGCUGCCUGAGGGGGCUGAUUGUCAGCUACGGCAGAGCAUUGACCCCGCAUCUUUCGGGGUCCAGCACUGCGCACGCGCGUACGUGCGUGCGUGUGUGUGUGUCUGCACUUGUGAGGAUGGGGAAGGCAGAGCGGAGACCAAAUCACUGAAGUCCCCUGUGCCACCUGGCGUGUAAGGAAGCCGGAACCCAGGGAGGGACAGCCACCGGAAGAGCAAACAUGGAAAGCGCCCAGUACCUGACCUGUGAUGAGCAUUCAAUCAACCCCGGGGACCCCAACCCCAGGAGCCAGCCCAUCAACCUGAACCAUUACGCCACCAAGAAGAGUGUGGCAGAGAGCAUGCUGGAUGUGGCCCUCUUCAUGUCCAACGCCACGCGGCUGAAAGCAGUGCUGGAGCAGGGGCCAGCCUCCCAUUACUACACCACCCUCGUCACCCUCAUCAGCAUCUCUCUGCUCCUGCAGGUGGCCAUCGGAAUCCUCCUCGUGGUCAUUGCGCGGCUGAACCUCAAUGAGGUAGGAAAGCAGUGGCAGCUCAACCAGCUCAACAAUGCGGCCACCACCCUGGUCUGCAUCAUGGUCGUCAUCAACGUCUUCAUUACAGCCUUCGGGGCUCACAAGACGGGCUUCCUGGCUGCCAGGACCUCAAGGAAUCCUCUCUGAACACAGCCUGGGACCCAGGUCCCAGGUCUGGAACAGCUUCUGCCUCUUUCCUCCCCGCUCUGCUAGGCUGGUGGCACUUUCCACAGCCCCUGGGAGAGCUCCAAGGACAGUGAGUUGCCCUUGCUCCCUACCCAGAGCAUCUGAAUGAAGACGUGCUAUUUUACUGGUCUCGGUGAAUCCCAUCUUGGUCUGGAGUCCUGAGCUCAGACGGGGGCGCUGCCGACCUUUCUUUCUCGUAGCAUCUCCUGCACCUAAGGCAUGUCUACCUAAGGCCAAGCCCGCCCAGCUUUGGCACUUCUUCCUCCACCCCAUUCCUUCCAUCUACCCUAUCCAUUCCCUCUGCUCCAGGCCUCAGUUUUCCCUUUUUGUAAAAUGGAAUAAUCUCUAUAAAGUUUUCUGCAAAUCCA